CGGGAGCAGCCGGAGCGGCGGGGGGGGCAGGCUUGGCGCGGCUGCCCCACCAUGGAGAUCGAGAAGGAGUUCCACCGGCUCGACCAGGCGGCCAGCUGGGCUGCCAUCUACCAGAACAGUUUACUAUUCUGGAAGUAGUUGCGAAAACAUUUAGCUCUAAGCGUGACUUCUUCCGUUAAACCUUGGUGUAGAGCAGAGGUGCCAGCCGUGGAGCCGUGUGGAGGCUGGACAGCCUGUUCCGUCCCCAUCGUAUUUGUCACAGGGUCUGCUCCGCCCUUGCGUGCCCUGACAAUCGCAUCGUCAGGCUCUUCUGAAUGCUCCAGAUAGAGAGGAGAUUGCCCUUACCUUAUCAAAUAAGAAUAUAUGCCUUUAUAAAAUGAAACAUUACAGAAAAAAUAGUGGACAUCAGGCAUGAAGCCAGCGAUUUUCCGUGUAAAGUGGCCAAACAUCCCAGAAACAAAAAUAGAAAUAGGUACAGAGAUGUCAGCCCCUUUGAUCACAGUCGAAUUAAGCUAAACCAAGGUGACAAUGACUAUAUCAAUGCUAGUUUGAUAAAAAUGGAAGAGGCCCAAAGGAGCUACAUCCUUACCCAGGGACCUUUGCCAAAUACUUGUGGUCACUUUUGGGAGAUGGUUUGGGAACAGAAAAGCCGUGGUGUUGUCAUGUUGAACAGAGUGAUGGAAAAGGGAUCCGUAAAGUGUGCACAGUACUGGCCAAGGAAAGAGGAGAAGGAAAUGGUUUUUGAAGAUACAAAUUUGAAACUAACAUUGGUGUCUGAAGAUAUAAAAUCGUAUUACACAGUACGACAGCUAGAAUUGGAAAACCUUACAACACAGGAAACGAGAGAGAUUCUGCACUUUCAUUAUACUACGUGGCCUGACUUUGGCGUCCCGGAGUCACCUGCUUCAUUCCUUAAUUUCCUGUUCAAAGUGAGGGAAUCUGGCUCGCUUAACCCCGAGCAUGGACCUGUUGUGGUACACUGCAGUGCAGGAAUUGGCAGAUCAGGAACUUUUUGUUUGGUCGAUACCUGUCUUCUACUGAUGGACAAACGGAAAGAUCCUUCUUCUGUCGAUGUUAAACACGUUCUCCUGGAAAUGAGGAAGUACAGAAUGGGACUCAUACAGACAGCAGAUCAGCUCCGUUUCUCCUACUUAGCUGUUAUUGAAGGGGCAAAAUUCAUUAUGGGAGAUGCUUCAGUGCAAGAACAGUGGAAGGAGCUCUCCAAUGAAGACGUGGACCCUCCACCUGAACAUACCCCACCACCUCCCAGACCACCAAAGCGAACCUCAGAAAUGCACAAUGGAAAAAUGCAUGAACACACAGAAUUCUUUCCUAAACAUCAAGUAGUAGAGGAGGAGAUUCGAUGUUCGGUCGGCACUGUGGAAGAGAUGGUUCCAGAUGGCAGAGCUCGUUCGUCUGUACCACUGACCACAGACAGCACUAGUCUAGACACUGAAAUUCGGAGGAGAACUGUUGGUGAAAAUCCACGUCUCUCGCCCCAUAAAGAAGAGUCAAUGAAGUCAGAAAGCUCGGAAGAGGAGGAGGAGAACGUGAUGACAACUUGGAAGCCAUUUCUAGUGAAUAUUUGCAUGUUCACAUUCCUCACGGCAGGAGCUUAUCUCUGUUACAGGGUGUGUUUUCAUUGAUGGACGUGCCAGCAAGAUCGGUCCCACAGAAAACACCAACGACGUGUGAUUGGUUUGUUAUGAGCUUCUCUGAACGAAAGCUGAUUGAGGCGUGUGAGCCUUGUCUCAGUGGAGGGAGAUCUUAGGUUGAAAGGCCAGAACUUUGGUUAGGGCUUAAAGAGAUAAUUGAUGCACUAGGGUUUUAUCUAGCCCUGUGAUCCCAAGAACAUAAUAUUCUAUUCUCAGGGCCUUAAAAUAUUCAGGAGUAAGCAGAGAAAAUGCCAAAUAGUCUGUUUUCCUUUUUUGUUUUCCUUUUUUUUUUUUU